AUGGUACAUCUGGGGGUGAUUUUAUCAGCCAGACGCUGCUUGCUGUUUCUCUUAACAGCCUCAGAAGAUGAGGAAAUCACAGUCCAGUUCUGGAAUGACAAGCAAGUGAAAGUCCCCCGUGGUGUGGCUCUGUGGAUCCCUCCCAGCCUGUGGGAGAGGAUUGUGGAGAUGAUGCACAUGCCCUUCACCAGCAGGGUGAAGCCCAGACCAAGCCAGGACUCUGACUCUUGCAUUUUUCCCUGCAGUCCUAAAGCAGCCCUAAUUCCUGUUUGUGCUCUGUGUAGCCUUGCCAAGCACUGCUUGCUCUGCUCUCCCUGCUGGCCACAUUUCCACCACCACUGUGCUGGUGGAAUCUGCUGCUCACCAGCCUGGGCAAGGUGCAUCUGCUGCUGCCAUCCCUGUGCUGCUGCCUGGUGGCCUCUUCCCUCCAGGUCUCUGGUCUUUCAGGACAAAGCUGAAGAGGCAGAGUCCAGCAUUGAGCUCUCUCCAGGCCUUCUAGAACUGAAAGGCACAAAACAAGGAGAAGCUGCACCUGUGGCAACAUCCUUUUCCUCUUCUGAUCCAGAGAGGGACCUGAAGCCAUCCCCCACUAAGGGUACUGUGGGGGACAGUGCUGUUAACACAGGCUCCACCCAUCUUGAAAAGCCCAGGCUGAGGAAUUCUGCCAGACCUGAGGAGGAAUACUGGAAAAGAAGCCACCACAAGUCCCAUUCCAGUAAUUCAGGAUCUGGAAGUUGUACAAAGGACCAGCUGGAAUCCAAAGCCAUCUCCACUGGGGACAUGCCCAGUGUGGCCCCAGCUCAGCAGAGUGCAACGUUUGAAACCACUGAGCAGACUCCCAGAGGGCAACUCACACUGAAAACAAUCCUAAGAGACCAACAUUUCAAGCCAUCAUUGAGGGAAGGCUUUGCAGCAUCAGAACAAAGAUACAAAGCAGCAUCUGAUGAUAAAUGUGAAGCCACUUGUGUUGGAGAUGACAAACCUGAUGUUACAGACCCUGUCAGAGCUCACUUGCAGCAAAGCAGAGAGAGACAUGAUCAACCAGAAUUCAGUACAUGUACAACUGAUCAAGUUCAGGGGCUGACAUUUCAGAGAUGACUGAAGCAGUACUGUCUUGGCUGAUGCAUAAAUGUGGAAGUCAUCCAUUGCUUGUUCCAAUUUUAAUACUCUUAACAGGGCACAAGAUAGACCCAAAGUAUAAUUUAGGUUGGGAGACACCCUUAGCAUCAUAGAGUCCAACUGCAAACCCAGCACUGCCAAGUCACUGAUAAGGAUCAGCCUCACUACACUGUUGUCUUGUGUAAAAUCUGUUCUGCCCCAGUUGUUCUAGGAUCAACUGCUUACUGUGUGUGUAGUGUUUUGAAAUUAUAAAGGAGUUGCUUAAGAGCUAAUUGCUUGGUGUGCUGGAGUACUGUUUUCUCUAAUUUAAUUGCAGACUUGGGCUCUGUAUUAGCCCUGCAGCAGUGAGCUCCCUGCUGAGUUGGGAUAACAGACCCCUAGGGGCACAAACUGAAUGGAAUCCUCAGAGUUCAGUGCAGGAGCUGGGCUGCAGGGCUGUGCUCACAGUGGGGGCUGGCAGAGGGUGGCUCCAGUCUGCCCCUGUCACCCAGCAGAGCAGGGACACCUGCCAGCCAGAGCACAGUGGAGCUGAGCACCUGCACACAAACCUCUCCAUUUCUGCUCAGCACACACAG